AUGAUAUUACACAAGCAUUUUUUACAAAAUGGUCAAAUAACAAAUACUGUUGCUACUGUUCCAAAUUAUUUUAAUAAAAAACAAAGAGAUACAACGUUGUUUGUAUAUAAAGUGGCAUUAAUUAAGAGUGUUGAACUUGUUAAUGAAUCAACAGCAGUCAUUAUUGAAUAUAAAAGAGAAUAUCCAAGUUCAUUAAAAGAAGGAGAUAAAAUUGUAGUAAUUGAUUUUGGAGGAGGAACAUUAGAUAUAGCAUGUUGUAGAAUAAUACAUGGUAAUAAUGUUAAAGUUUAUUCAAGUGGAGAUGACCAAGACUUAGGAGUAAAUGAUUUUGGUAUAAUAAUGAUGGAUAUUAUUAAAGAAAGAAGCAGAACGAAUGAAAACUGA